AUGGGGACGAUUUACAAUCUCCCAGAAGAUAUCGUACUAGAUAUGUUGAAUAGGCUACCUGUUGAAACUGUUUUGGAGUGUAAGUUGGUUUGCAAACCUUGGAAAGAUGUUGUUCAUCAUCCAUCCUUCCCUCAAAAACACUUGAACCAUCAUCUUGAUGAUUCUGAUAAGUUGAAUUUUAUUUUCUCAAAUCUUGAACAAGAUCCUGAAGAACUUUAUUAUGCAGAAUAUGAUGAGGAUUAUCAUGAGGUACCCUUUAAUAGAAAUGUAAGAAUCAAUUUAAGCCCUCUAUUUUACAAGUAUGGUUGUUCAUUAGCUGGUUCUUGCAAUGGUUUGAUUUGCUUCAAUUCAUAUUAUGAGGGUUACUAUGGACCUGUUUACAUCUGUAAUCCAAUCACCAGAGAGUAUGUUAUCCUUCCAGAAUUUGAAGGGCAGUGCUGGUGGACUGUCUUUGGUUACAUUCCUUCAACCAAUGAGUACAAGGUUGUUAGGAUAUGUGAGACUGGGGGAGACUCAAAUUUCGGGAUUGUUCAGGUGUAA